UUUGCUCUACUAACAUGUGGAUGAGAUGAGAACUUCUAACGGUAACGUGCUUGUCUGUUGAUCACAAGCUUGCACAUGCGACUGGUGAAGUACUCAUUCUGCUCUCAUUGCUUAAAUAAAUUUGCGUCCUUCUUCGGUAAAAAGUAGUGCUGUUUAUUAUCGCCGUAUAUCCUUAUCCUCCGUAGAGGACGGAUGAAACGAUGGAAAAUUUAGAGUUGAAUUUAUCUUCACUGGCCACCAUAUCCAGACAUGUUGACAAAGAUAACAAUGAACUGAACCAGUAUUUGUCAAAACAGAUAUGGAGCCGCCAGGAUAGACAGUGUGUUCUGGAUUGUUUGGCUCAGCUUCUGCUCGAGAAGAAUUAUACUUUACUGAUUGCACGUCACCUGCGUCCACUGAUUCUGGAUCUUUUGGAGCGGAAUGCAGAAAGGGUCAAAGCUGCUGGAAGGAUCAACCAUGACCUCCAUGAGCGCCUGUGUGUGGCCCUCAGUAAACUCCUUAAUGUCAGUCCUGAUGCAGUGGUGUUUUCUGCGAAGUACUUCAGCAGUGCCCCCCCAGUAUUUCAGAGACUCUUUUUUACAAGUGAGGAGUCGUCGGCUGUUCAAUAUAGCCCCAGAAGGAUGAAACUGCGUGACCUCAUGGGCGCCACCUUACGUUUCCUCAAGACUGACUGUGCCAGGUUUCGGAUGCUCUGGGACUGGAGUCCCUGUGUGUCCCAGCUAUUCACUAGUGACGUCAUGGUUAGAUGGUACACUGCCCAUUGUUUAGCACUGGUCUCUCACAUGACUGAUAAUCAGAAAACUAUCUUUCUGAGAAAGGUGCUGACUAGUGAAGAAGUCCUGCACAUGAAGAUCAAAUCUUUGGAAGAAACACAGCAGAUGGAGGUAGAAAGGGCUCUGGUAUUAGCCAAUCAGAGCUCUGCAAUGUGGUGCAAAGAAGAGCUUAAUAUGUUUACAAGGGGCCAGGUUGUAUUGGAGGACCUGUCCAAGAAUGUUGUAACCGUCUGUGGUGUUGUACUACCCAGCGUAGUUCCCAGACAAGCUGAACCGAUAAACCAAAAGGAUCUGGUGUUGGUGCAUUCAGCUUUCUGUAAUCUCAGAAGGCUGGCAUUGGCGGUUGCUUCCCAAAAACCAGUUCUCCUUGAGGGUCCUAUAGGAUGCAGUAAAACUGCAUUGGUGGAGUUUAUGGCUGCUGUCACAGGUCAUACACAAGCCAAAGAGAUUCUCAAGGUACAGCUCGGCGAUCAAACAGACAGCAAGUUGCUGCUGGGUAUGUACCGCUGCACUGAUAUUCCAGGAAAGUUUGUGUGGCAGCCAGGAACACUGACACAAGCUGUAGCUGAAGGCCAUUGGAUCCUUUUGGAAGACAUUGACCAUGCACCCCUUGAUGUGAUAUCUGUGCUCCUUCCUUUGAUGGAAAACAAAAGGCUGAUGAUUCCCGGACGAGACGAUUGGAUCGAUGUAGCUUCUGGAUUUCAGUUCUUUGCGACAAGAAGAAUGUACUACAGUUGUGGCAGCUGGCACAAGCCACAAAACACCCAUGCUGUGCUGCUGGAUAAGUACUGGAUGAAGUUACAAAUUGGAAACAUGACACGAGAAGAGCUGAAGAAGGUGCUCAUCAGCAAAUAUUCAAGACUGACAGUAGUGGCAGACCGUCUCCUGGACAUCUACUGCCAACUGACUGGACACUCUGAUGCAAGCAGACUCCAAACCCACCACGACCAACAACGGCAUACUUUUGAGGAUGGAAUUACACCUUUGGAAGGGAGAGUACUGUCACUGAGAGACCUGUUGAAAUGGUGUGACCGUAUCAGUGUCAACUUUGAUAACACCUCCUCUGCCACAGCACAACAUGUCUUCCAAGAGGCUCUUGACUGUUUCACUGCUAUGCUAUCCAAACCCGAAAGUCGACUGAAAAUAGCUGAGAUUAUUGGAAGCAAGCUUAACAUUUCCAAAGAGAAGGCCCAUCACUUCUGCCAUAUGUAUUACCCCAGAAUCUCUCAAACGGAACUGGAGGUGUCGGUGGGCCGAAUAAGUCUGAGUCGAAAGCAGAGGGGAGCUGUGCAGCUAAAUGUAGACAAUGAGCCCUUUGCUGCCACACGACCAUCUUGUGUGUUGAUGGAGCAAUUGGCUGCUUGUGUGGCUAAAGUGGAGCCUGUUCUUCUCGUGGGAGAGACUGGAACUGGAAAAACCACGACUGUACAGCACCUGGCCAGAAUGACUGGACAUAGGUUACGUAUUGUGAACAUGAACCAACAAAGUGACACUGCAGACCUGCUUGGAGGAUACAAGCCAGUAGACCACAAGCAGAUCUUAGUCCCUCUCCGGGAAGCCUUUGAAGACUUAUUCUCACAGACCUACUCAAGGAAACAGAACCUGACCUUUCUGGGUCAUGUACAAACCUGCUUCAGGAAGAAGCGCUGGAAUGACUUGCUCAAACUCAUGGACCAUGUCUGCAAGUCUGCCCUUUCUAAGAAACUGCAGGAGCAAUCAAAUGUUGCCUUGUUGCAGGAGAAGUGGGAGGAAUUAGCUGAAAAACUGAGUCAGACCCAGCAACAGAUCCAAGCCUGUGAGACUGCUAUGGUCUUUUCCUUUGUGGAGGGAACAUUAGCCCAGGCUGUAAAGAGGGGGCACUGGAUCUUGCUGGAUGAGAUUAACCUGGCAGCUGCAGAGACUUUGGAAUGUCUGAGUGGACUUCUGGAGGGCAGCUCUUCAUCUUUGGUUCUUUUGGACCGUGGGGAUACCGAGCCAUUGGUUCGCCACCCAGACUUCCGUCUGUUUGCCUGCAUGAACCCAGCUACUGAUGUGGGAAAAAGGGACUUGCCUUUGGGUCUGAGAAACAGGUUUACUGAGCUGUAUGUGGAUGAACUUGAGAAUGAAGGAGACCUACAAAUUCUGGUCUCAGACUACCUAAAGUGCCUAAAUCCACAAAGGAAUGUUAUCAGUGGCAUCAUAAGUUUUUAUCUGGCAGUAAGAAAGGAGGCCAUUUUACAUCUUGUGGAUGGUACAGGGCACAGACCCCAUUAUAGCCUGCGAACUCUGUGCAGGGCACUGAAGUAUGUGUCUAGAAACCCUUGCAACAGUGUCCAGCGUUCGCUCUAUGAGGGUUUUUGCUUGAGCUUCUUGACCCAGCUGGACAGAAGCUCCUACCCUCUGGUCGAGAAACUGGUGUGUCAGCACAUAUUGAUGAGGAACACAAAGUGUCUCAAACAACCACUCCCAGCACCCUCAGGUCAUCCUUGUGUAGAAGUAGAGGGCUACUGGGUGUCCCAGGGCGACCUACAGCCAUUUCUUGACCCCAGCUACAUCCUCACUGCCUCAGUCAAACUCAAUCUCCGUGAUCUUGCCAGAGUGGUAUCUGCUCGGACUCACCCAGUGUUGAUCCAAGGAGAGACAUCUGUUGGAAAAACCAGCCUUAUUUGCUGGAUGGCUGCAGCCACUGGGAACCACUGUGUGAGAAUUAACAAUCAUGAGCACACUGACAUUCAGGAGUAUAUUGGCUGCUAUUCAUCAGAUGACAGAGGAAAACUUGCCUUCAAAGAAGGCAUUCUGAUUGAUGCCAUGAGGAAAGGUUACUGGAUUAUCCUGGAUGAGCUAAACCUUGCCCCCACCGAUGUCCUAGAGGCCCUCAACAGACUCCUGGAUGACAACCGUGAGCUCUUUGUGCCAGAAACACAGGAAGUCAUAAAGGCCCACCCGAAGUUCAUGUUAUUCGCAACCCAGAACCCCCCUGGGAUCUAUGGUGGCAGAAAGGUGCUUUCCAGGGCUUUUAGGAAUCGCUUUGUGGAGUUACAUUUCAAUGAGCUUCCUACUGCUGAGCUAGAGACCAUCUUACACCAAAGGUGCAGCCUACCUCCCUCUUACUGCACCAAGUUGGUUAAGGUCAUGCAGGACCUACAGUCUAUACGCAGGGGAUCCUCUGUUUUUGCCGGGAAAUAUGGCUUUAUCACCCUCAGAGACAUGUUCCGAUGGGCAGAUCGCUACAGGCUGGAGAAGACAGAGACUUCUCAGGACUGGUUGAAACUCUUGGCUGAUGAUGGGUACAUGCUUCUGGCAGGACGUGUCAGAAAACCAGAGGAGGCAGCCACCAUCCUGUCCAUCCUGGAGAAGCACUUUAGAAGAACAGUGAACCCUGAAGACCUGUUCUCUCAGAAACAGGUCACCAGCCAGUUCAGUCCUUUAAUUGACAGCAUUGCUGAGGUUCCAGAGGAGUUUCGCCAUGUUGUGUGGACAGACAGUAUGAGGAGACUAGCUGUGCUGGUAGGAAGGGCUCUUCGAUUUGGCGAGUCUGUCCUGCUUGUUGGAGACACUGGGUGUGGAAAGACUACAAUUUGUCAGCUGUUUGCGGCUCUGACUGGGCAGAAGUUUUUUGCAGUCAACUGUCAUCUACACAUGGAGACCUCAGACUUCCUAGGAGGCCUGCGACCUGUUAGACAUCAGACUAAUGGUGAGGAUGGCAGGCUCUUUCAGUGGCACGAUGGUCCCUUGGUGCUUUCCAUGAAGGAAGGUGGAGUCUUUCUGUUGGAUGAGAUAUCCCUGGCUGAUGAUUCAGUACUGGAGAGACUUAACAGUGUGUUAGAAACAGAAAAGUCCCUAGUGUUGGCAGAGAAAGGCAGUGGGGAGAAUGAUGAUGUGGAACUCAUCAAAGCUACUGCAGGUUUUCGUCUGGUUGCCACCAUGAACCCCGGUGGAGACUUUGGGAAAAAGGAGCUUUCCCCUGCUCUCAGGAACCGUUUCACAGAAAUCUGGUGUCCACAAAGCAAUAGCCGCAGUGACCUGGUCAAGAUCAUUCAACACAACCUGCGCACUGGACUCACACUUGAUGGCUGUGAUAUUGCAGAGCUGAUGCUGGACUUUAUUGAGUGGUUAACCAAGCAAGACUUUGGUUCACGCUGCAUUCUAAGUGUCCGAGACAUUCUCUCAUGGGUCAACUUCCUUAACAAUGUGUGUGAGCGGGAUGAGGAUGGCUUCAUGACUAUGGGAACCCUGGAGGAUGAGGAAGAGGCAGAGUGGGACCUCAGAUUGGACACGGUUACUGCUUUUAUCCAUGCUGCAUGUUUAGUCUAUAUUGAUGGCAUUGGCGCUGGAACCACUGUUUCAUGUGCAGGCAAUUCCAUCUUGGCUCGCAGUCUGUGCUUGAGCUUUCUGCAACAGCGGCUAAGCAAGAUUACCAAACUGGAUCAGGAAAUGCUUGAGUCCCUGAGCGUCUACAAUAGCAGCUUGCCCCGGGAACCCCAAUGGGGCGAAGACUUCUUUGGCAUUGAUCCUUUUUACAUUCCCUUAGGGCCGCAGAGUGGGAGUCGUAAUCUGUCAGACUACACCAUUGCAGCAGGCACUACAGCAAUGAAUGCUCAGAGGCUUCUGCGGGCACUGAAGCUGCAGAAACCUGUAUUGCUGGAAGGCUCUCCUGGUGUAGGAAAGACUAGCCUCAUUGCCGCUUUGGCAAUGGCAUCUGGGAAUCACCUCGUCAGAAUCAACUUGUCAGAGCAAUCAGAUGUUACCGACUUGUUUGGAACUGAUCUUCCAGUAGAGGGAGGGAAAGGGGGCGAGUUUGCAUGGCGUGAUGGCCCUUUUUUGGCUGCAUUGAAGGCAGGCCACUGGGUUGUGUUAGAUGAGCUGAACUUGGCCUCUCAGUCCGUAUUGGAGGGUCUGAAUGCCUGCUUUGAUCACAGAGGAGAGAUCUACAUUCCUGAGCUUGGCAUGAGCUUUACAGUACAACAUGAAAAGACCAAAAUCUUUGGCUGCCAGAACCCCUUUACUCAAGGUGGUGGGCGUAAAGGACUGCCAAAAUCCUUUCUUAAUAGAUUCACCCAGGUGUUCGUGGACCAGCUGACCAGCAAAGACAUGGAAUUCAUAGGACACUCAAUUUUCCCCAGUAUUGAUCAGAAAAUCAUUGCUAAAAUGGUGGAGUUCAAUAACCGGCUUGUGCAGGAAGUCUGUAUGGAACACCAAUGGGGUCAAAAAGGAAGCCCCUGGGAGUUCAACCUGCGAGAUGUGUUCCGCUGGUGUCAACUGAUUCAGGCUGACCAGUCACCGGGAUUUUUCAGUCCAGGCCAGCAUGUUGCUUUGGUGUAUGCAGACAGGAUGAGAACAGAGGCAGACAAGGCUCAGGUCCUGUCAUUGUUUAGGAAGGUGUUUGGUGAGGAUUCUGAGCCUUACACUUGCUCCAGGCAAUUCCAUAUUACUCCGCUCAAUCUGCAGGUGGGGUUUUCUGUCCUGCAGCGCAGUGGGGGAGCCCCUGUGGCUCUGGAACCUCCACUGUCUAUCACACACCAGGCCUUGCGGCCACUGGAAUCCCUUAUGAAAUGCGUGGAGAUGGGCUGGAUGACAAUACUUAUUGGCCCUGCAGCAAGUGGAAAGACGAGCCUGGUGAGACUAUUGGCCCUGUUAACAGGGCACCGCCUGAGGGUCAUGGCCAUGAACAGUGCCAUGGACACAACCGAGCUGCUUGGAGGUUUUGAACAGGUGGAUAUCAUGCGGCCCUGGCAACAAGUACUGGAAAGUGUGGACUACAUAGUUGCCAUGGUAACAAGACGGGGACUGAUGUCAUUGGAUGUUGGGGUCCAUGAUACAGAGUUCCUGCUGCAGACAUGGGGUCUGUUUUGCCACUGGCUAAAGGAGGAAGGACUGCAAACACCUGAAGGAAUAGUAAACUCAGAGGCACCAAAUAAGCUGGAAGUCAUCAUCCUUCUCCUGCAGAAACUUAACACCAAACUUAAAGUUUUUACUGAUAUGUCCAAACUUCAGACAGACUUCACACUGCUUAAGGAGCGCCUGGCACAGCUAGAGGAUGGCUGGACAAAUGGAGGCUUUGAGUGGGUGGACAGUGUGCUGGUUCAGGCACUGCAGGCUGGCGACUGGCUACUAAUGGACAAUGUCAACUUCUGCAGUCCCUCUGUUUUGGAUCGCCUCAAUGGUCUGCUGGAACCUAUGGGAUCCCUCAUCAUCAACGAACGUGGUGUCAUUGAUGGGAAAACCCUUCAAAUCACACCACACCCCAAUUUCAGGCUGUUCUUAACUAUGGACCCUGUUCAUGGUGAGCUCUCCAGAGCAAUGAGAAACAGAGGUGUGGAGCUUUACAUCCCAGGGGAACAUGAGGGGGUCUGCUGGGACACACUGGACCUGAAGACCCUGCUUCACACUACUGGAGUGACUGGUGACUGUGUGUGUAAUCUGCUAAUAGAAAUACAGAAAAACAUCAAUUCUGUAAUCUGGGAUUCUCCUGCUUCAUCUCUGACAUCACUCCUUUAUGCUGCCACUCUGCUGUCCUGCCAACUGCAGAGAGGUGUGGAUUUACCCAGUGCCCUGCAGCAUGCCUGUAGAGAGGCCUAUUCAACCAGUCAGCGCACUACCACUAACCAAGAGAAAGCCCAGGAUGUCAUUGAGCAGCACUUGUCCAUCCUGGACACUGAGGACUGGGGCAGGGGACUGUUGUGUGCUGGUGUCUGGCCUGAUAGCUUUCCUUCUGCUCUGCUAUCCACUGAAGAUUCCUGCUUUUCAACGGUUCUUAGGGAUGGACAGAUCCUGUUGUUUUGCUUGAACAAACUUAGCCUACAGGGCAAACGGAAUCGUCCACUGAGUCUGAGUGACUUUCAGAGGGCACUACAGAGCGGUGGGGUCCAUGAAGGCCUUGUGUUCUCAGGUGGAGUGGUAGAUCUGGAGGAAGGAGACGUCCUGAAGCUUAUCCCCACAGCAGUGAGACUUCUGACAGAGAAGGCUUCUCAUGGAGACUGGAUUCUCCGCAGCAGUUGGCUCUCCCACUUAGAAGCAACCUAUAAAUAUGCUCCUGACUCAGUCCUGGUCCAUCUGGAUGCAGGAAACAGAGCUCUGAAGGCUGUGUUUGGUAGCAAACUUGCUGCAAAGGGAAAGUCACUUACAGAAUUGCUCCAGCCUCACAGCAUAGAUGAAUACAGGAUUCUGGUAGACAUGCGUUGGAACAAGCAAUAUCUGGACAUUUUAGCGAACAAAUGUAACUUUGAGGAUGAGGAAAGAUACAUGGAGUUUCUAGAGGCACUAAAUGCGGUUGCCAACAGGGCUGUUCUGAUGAUGGACAGAGAAGAGAGGUCAGUCAUCUGCAGCUGUAUUAUCAACCGGUCUAUUCAGAACUGUGCUUUGAGAAUUGCCACAGCUUUCAGCAAAGGAACUCUGGAUAUUGGUCACCUGCCCCAUCCAGUGUUGAUGCACCUGCAGAUGUUUUUUGAACUGUGGGACUUGUUUGUUCUGCAGGCUGUGCAAAAUGGACAGCCAUACAUCUCUGACCAUAUCAUGUUUGAGAUCCUUCAGUUGCUGCAGUGGCUUGAUCGUUUCUGGAAUAUAUCCUGCACACUGCCAGCUGACUCUCAUGGGAUUACCCUGCUAUCUCUACACUGGCAAUGGGUCCAGAAACACCUCAUCCUUAGACUUCCAAACCUGCUGCUCGGAGACACUGAUUCAACUUUCGAAAACCACCAGGAGCUCCAGGCAGUCUCUGCAGCUAUCCAGGCUAUUCUGUCCCCCCCAGUGUCUUCAGCCGCAGCCCUGAAAAGCAUCCAGAAAACUUUGGGGAAAACGCUACCAUUUAAACUUGAGUCAGUAGCUGAGUGUGCGUCUCAACUGCGACUCCUGAGUAAAGUCUUGGAUGUAAGUGAGCUCAGACUGGACAGCACCACAGAUUUAUGGAAGCAGGAGCUGUUUCGACUUCACAGUGCUGGGCUCAGGCUGGAUAUUAAGGAGAGUCUGCUAGAAGCUUGGGGUCUUGUUCUAUUGGCCAACAACCAAGUAGAUCCACAGAAAUCUGGAGUUCUGAAGAGGCUGGUCUCGAGUGUUCAGCAGCAGCAGCGUUGGAUGACCUCUGUGGGUCUGUUGAAGGUCUGCUCCAUGUCUGAGGAUCUGUUACAAGCAGACAGAGUCCUCUUGGCCAGUGAUGAGCUGCAGCAGCUCAUCCAGAGGGCCAAACUCUGGCCCCUGAUGGAAGAACUGGCUGUACUUAACCAGCUGCGACUUAGCACUGACCUACUGUACCUGGCUUUAUCUCCUGGUGAUCAGGAGGCAGAGGACAGCUUACGCCGGGAACUUUCCAGACAUCUUCGUUAUUGUCUCCAGUCCACAUCGAUGAAUGUCAGUCAGUUCCAGGCAUUUUGGUUCCUGUUGAGCAGUGACAGGCCAACUGAGGAGCUGCAGUUUGUUUGGUGUGAACUACUGGCAGAGGCUCUGGAUGCCUUGUGGACCAGCAGUGUGACCUCAGAUCCAGACCGUUGGAUGAAAUGGGAUCCUCAGAAUCUGGAGGUUCAAGUAGAUAAUAGACUACUUCAGGAAUCGCGUAUUAUGGGUCCAGCUUUGCUUACUAAAGCAGUGUGGUCACAUUGCGUGCUCGGAGUGCUUUACAACAGUGACAGGUCUCAAUGGGAGCCAUCAGAAGCUGCCGUUCUCUCACUCUCACAUGUCACACUGGGAGAAUGGAAGAAGAAUAUUCAGCAACUGCAGGAUGUGUCGACAAUGCUGUGGGAUAAUAUGGCUUUCCCUGCAUUGGCUGAAUUUAGGGCAACAGACUUCAGACUCCAGGGGGUAGUCCUGCGUCGACAGCUUCAAAGCAUGGCUGACAUGCUGCCCCCUAACCUGCAAGAGGGCUACUUGGAAAGCUGUGAAAGUCUUGUGGAGGAUCCUGACCCUCUGAUAGCUGCUCAGGAGAUUCAGACUGUCUUAAGGGAAUAUCUCCCUUUGAAUCUGCUUCCGGACAAUCUAGUGGAGGUCAGCAUUACCUGUUUGCAGCAGUAUGUCCAAAGUAAGGUGCAAGGUUCCAAUACGCUGGCCCUCUCUGGGGCUUUCUGGGUCAACAUGGGUCUGCUGCAGAUCAAAGUGUGGACACCUCAGACUAUUUUUGACCCAGCUGUGAAGAGGGCCUACAAACUCAGCUACGCUCAGCAGGAGCUGGAUCUGCUAAAGGAGGAGUGGAGAGGACGGAGCUUAUCGUCACAGCUGAUGACUGGAGCAGAACUGGAAGAAAGCAGCAUCACUGAUGGAUUCCAACAUCCGCGAAUUCGGUACCUGUGGAUCCGUAAGCAGCAAGUGAAUGAGCAGAUAGCUGGGCUUUCUAGGAAGCAGGCUUACCGGCCUCAUGAGCCCCAAUACUGUCGACUUUUCCAGGAACUCCAGCACUACCUCUGUAGUAUCGGCCAAGCAUCUGUAGUGGAAGACCUCCUCUUCCGCAUGCUUCAGGCCCUUCAGGGUACUUCCACUAAGUUUAUAUCAGCAGUUCAGGGUCUGCUGAAGGAGGAGUCUGUUUGGCAGAGUUCCCAGCAGAACUUCUGCCAGAGGUUGUUGCAGGACUACCCUCUGUACCCUGAUGUGGUGGGCCCAGUGCGGGCUGGCAUCCUACAGCUUCGUUACGGCAUGAGAUUGGUGGCCUCCCAAGUGGCCACCUCUCUCACACCUGUACCAGGUCUGGCCAAGAUGGUGUCAUGCUUGCUGGCCUUUCCCUCUAUGUCCCACGGCCUACCAUCUCACCUGGACCAGGCAGAUUUUCUCUGCUCCAAGGCUUCUAUGGACGUUUUGCACUGCCUCACAAGGCUUUUGCCUCAACAGGAUGCUGAUCAUGUGCUCCCAGAGCCCGACACACUGUUUGUCACUGCUCUGCUGUUUGUGCAGUGCCAUGCUCUUUCCACAGGAGAAUUCAGCCAAGAGGCAUGCAUUCUCUUUAGACACAUCUGUCAGACUCUGGUUAAUAAGUGGGAUGAUCAGGAGAGACAGAGGCAAGACCAAGAUCAGCUGAAAGCCAGUCUGUACUCUAGCCGCAGUCAGCUACAUGGUUCUGGCAUCACCGACGAUGAGCUGGAAGACAGAGACUUCAGACGACAGUUCCCUGAAUUCAACAAGGACUUUGAAGACAUUAUUUCCAAGCCAAGCCUUGAGGGUACAGCAUGCUCAAGGUCGCAGGAUGUAGAGGAGAAAACCAAGGAGGAGUCUAUGGAAAUCAUUCUUAUAUCUUCAGCUUCUAUAAAUACCCUGGUCAAUGUGCAUCAGUGUCUGUGUCUGGGAUAUGCACAGUCACUGUGGUACCAGGGAAAACCACCAAUAAAUCAUCAGAAGGAAGCUAUAAAAGCCCUGGUUUCAUCCUAUCAGAUUGUAACACCUAUGAUAUCAUGCUUCUACCAUUUGAUUGAUGCUGAACUGGACCAGCAGCUCACAGGCAGUGAAAUGUUACUCUCUGCCCUCCUCCUAAAUGCACUUCAGGGCACAGAAAGUCCCGAGGGUCUAGCUGUCACCUCAGAAGGACCUUAUGACUUUUAUCAGCAUUCCAAGAUGAACGAGGCAUGUCUGUGUCUUCCUGUUCUGGAGCAGCUAGAUGUGGCUGUGAAGAAAAGACUAGAAGACUGGCCAGAACACCCCGCGCUUAUGCAGCUGGUUGUGGUGAUACAGAGGAUCUUGGCUUUCAGUCUGGCCUGUCCCCUUGCCAAGUUCCUUAAUGGUCUGGAAAUAGUGUUGUCUAAAGCACAGGAUUGGGAGAAUACUGCUAGUCGCUCUGUAUCUUUGUCGAAGGAGCUGGAACCAGUCACACAGCUCAUUAUCCAGUGGCGCAAACUAGAGCUCAAAUGUUGGUCAAGCAGUCUGGACAACGCAAUGAAGCGGCACACAGAGAAAUCAACCAAAUACUGGUUUUCAAUCUACCAGCUGGUAGAGAAGUAUCUGGAUGAGCAGAGAAUGGAGGCUAAUACAGGUGAGGAGGUAGAGCAGCUUUCCCUGACCUCAGUGUCUACUACCCUCAAGGCAUUCAUAGAGGGCUCCACCCUGGGCGAGUUCCAUACCCGCCUGGCCAUGUUGCUCAGUUUCCAUUGUCACCUCUUGCUGGUCCCGUCCCAGCCUGGACAAGAGUCUUUGUCCAGUCUUCUGUGGAACAUGCAUCAGUACUACAGUCAGUUCUCUGACUGCGUCCAGACCAAAAUUACUCAACUCAGACAGCCCAUUGAAAAGGAGCUUAAAGACUUUGUCAAGAUCUCCAAAUGGAAUGAUGUCAGUUUCUGGGCCAUCAAACAGUCAGUGGAGAAGACACAUAGAACUCUGUUCAAGUUUGUCAAAAAGUUUGAACAAGCUCUAAGUGGUCCAAGUGCUCCAGCUCUGGUGGAACAGGGUUCCAUUGCAAAUACAGAUUGUGUGGACACCAACCAAGAAGAAACACCUCUUCGACAACUUCACCAUGCACUUAAUAGCAUCCUGUCGUGGAAUAACACAGAUUUACAGGGUGAAGGCCCAGAAGGAGUGGAAGCUUCUUCUCUACAGGAACGUCUGUCUGUUCUGACCAGAAAGAUGAGGAGAAUAAGCAUCAAGCUCCAGAAGAAAGCCCUCAUGCCAGAGUUGGUGGAAGACUUGGACGCCUUUACUGGUGAGGUCAUCAAGACCUUGCGGCACCUGCAGAGCCUUGACAUUGACAAGUCAGUAGGAAAAGAAAAACAGAAGGCUAAUGCAAAGCACAUACUGCAGCAGAAACAAAGAGCUCUGUCUGACUUGUUUAAGGUGCUGUCAUUAAUAGGUCUGUCAUACCGUAAAGGCCUCACAUGGCAAAGGACAGAGGACCCAGAGGAAACCCUUUGUAUUCCACCACUGGAGAUAUGCAUCGCGCUUUCUGCUGUCAACAAGGAGCAGGCUGAGAACACGUUGUUCACAGAAAUGUCAAGAGCCUGGGAUGGAUGUCAAAAGUACUUCUACCGUUCAUGGGCCAGGAAAAUAGCUCUGCAGAGUGCUCUACAGCACCCUGCCAAGGACAUGGGUCUAAGUAACAUUGAGCGCUCAAGAGGUUAUAUCUGCCACAUGUUCAAGCUGCUCCUCAGACAAAGGCAUCGACUCACCAAAGUCACUAAGCAGUGGGUCCAUCUCAGGAUGCUGCUAAAGAGCAUACAAGACAUCAAGGUUUGCCUCCAGAGCCACAGUUCUGGUUGUACCCUUCCACCUCAGGCCCCUCUCCAGAGCUGGGUCAAAAGAGGCCAGGCAUUGGCUGCUCAGUGCACUACUGUGCUGCAGCAGCUGGUCUGGCUGGUGCAGUGCUGCCCAGCUGAGUCCCAGCAAAAAGAAGAGAGAACUAGCUGCAAGCAGCACAACCUCAGAUGCCUUUCCCCACUGGUAGCACAGCGCCAACCUUCUGGCUGUUUGAUGAGAAGAGGAGAUGUUGUAUGGUGCCAGCUGCAGCAGUGUGUGACUGCGCUUUUGAAGCAGACAGAAAGCCUGAAGGUGAAGCUUGACUCUGUAGUUGAUCAGUCCCCUGAAGGUGUACUCCACACAUGGAACCAUUUUCUAACUUGUUGUUCAGCCUUUGAUCAGCUGGGGGCUGUAGCGGCCGAGAUGCCAAGCGUGGAGCAGCUCUUCAUGCCUGUUGUGUAUGACAGCAGUGCAAAAAGUCAGCCAGCCAUCACACAGAGCCUCCAGUACAUCAGAAGACAGCUGGAGGAUCACAUCACUGAGUUUACUAUGUGGAGGACACAGUUGAUGUCCUUUGAACUUCUGCAUACCUCUGCAGGUCACCAGUCUUCCUUUUGUACUGAAUUCACUUCCGAGGUUGAUGCAAACAUCAACACCAUGCUGUGUGCUGUCCAGACACUUGUGAAGAGGAAAGAGCAACAAAACGUUCAUCAAGGAGGUGUUAAAAGAGAUGGUGCUGAGGAGAAUGAAGAGUCAAUGGAGGACCUGCUGAAGCCUGGUCAUUUGUCUCUUCUGGAAGAGCAGCUGGAAGUUGAGUUGGCAGCUCUGAGUGUGGGGGAUGUUGGUUCUAAGCUUCAGACGCUGCUGAGGUCCUUGGGGACACACAGAGAUAUAUGUCAGCCACCACACCUUCAGGAGGUGAACAAGGCAUGCAAGAUUUUGGCACGACUAGAGCCACUUUUGAGGAUUUACUCUGACCUAGUGCGUUUCUACCUGGUUGUGUCACUAGGAACACACAGAAGUACUGGCAAAUUAUUGUCUGUACUGGCCAACAUAUUUGCUGAGCUUGCUCAAAAGGGUUUCUGCCUACCACAGGAGCUCAUGUCAGGUGAUGGAGAAGGUGCCACAGAGUUUCACAACUAUGAGGGUGGUGGUAUAGGAGAAGGAGAGGGCGCCAAAGAUGUCAGUGACAAGAUUGAAAAUGAAGAUCAGGUGGAAGACACUUUUCAUGAAGGUCAGGAGAAGGAAGAACAACCAGACAAAGGCAAUAUUAACGCAGAAGACAAUGCUGUUGAAAUGUCAGAGGAUUUUGAUGGCCAGAUGCAUGAGGGAUUUAAUAAUCAACCAGAUGAAGAAGAAUUGGAUGAGGAGCAACUGGACAAAAAGAUGGGUGACCUGGAGAAAGGCCGAACAGACACACUGGAUGAGAGAAUGUGGGGAGAUGAGGAUGAGGAUGAGGAUGAAGAAAGUGACAAGGAGGAUGAAACUGGUCAGGGAAUGAACCAGGGUGAAAGCCAGCUGGUUGCCAAAGAUGACAACUUGGAUGUUGCAGAUUCCAAUAAAGAGAACAAAAAACACACAGACAAAGAUGAACCUAUAGAUAAUAAUGAGAAAGAAAAGAUACAUGAGCAAGGAGAUGAGAGAGAUUUUAAUGAAAAUGAAGUAGACCCCUACCAUGGUCAGCAAAACAAAAAUCUUGAGCCUGAGGCCAUGGAUCUGCCUGAAGAACUAAACCUGGACACGAAUGAGAUAGAGAGCGAGGAUGACGGUGAUGAUGAGAACCCCUUUAGCAAUCAGGAGGAAGCCAUGGACCUGGAGCAGGAUAAUAGAAAGAAUGGGGAGGAGGAACUGGAAAUAGAUGACAUGCAGGAGAACCAAAAUGAACAAUUAAAAGAGGAAAAUGAUCAGGGCUCUAAUAGUGAAGGAGAUGAGCAAGAAGCGGAGAAAGCAGAGGCAGCUCAAGAGUUGACAAAGAAUGAUGAUAAAAAAGAAGAGGAAGAGAGAGGACAGGAAGCAGGAGAAUACAAAGAUCUGUCUGAUUCAAUUGACAAAGGAGACAAGCCAAAGGAUGAAAAGAAGGAAGUUGACAGUCAGGAUGAAAAGCAGCCAGAGUCCACUGACAGAAGUGAACACAACACAGACGGGCAAACUGGAGAAAAGAACAUCCAGAGUGAUACAGCAGUAGAGCUGGCAGGAGAGGCACUGGAGAAGGACCAAGCCAAAGAGGAGCAUGGAAGUGGAGCAGCUGAUGCCAGUGAAACAGAGGGCCACAAGUCUAACCUAACAGCAAGAAUGGCCUUGAAUACACAGACCGAGAGCAAGACUCAGAGCUUUAAGAGAAAACCUGGUCAUGCAGACAAUGACCGAUCAACAGGCGACUACAAUGAACAUGUAAACAAGCGAUUGCGGACAGUGGAAAGCAAUAAUGCUAGACCCAUGGAAACCAGACAGAGUGAUGCCAGGCAGCAGUCAGACCUGUAUGAACACAUCAAACAGGGAGAAACAGCUUAUGACACUCAGACAUAUGACAUGGCCAGUGCAGACCAGCAGAAAGCAGCAGGGACCCAGCUGGGACAUAAUGAAGAAAACGAGGAGGACAUUGCCAUGGAAACAGCGAACCAGGAUGAAAACCUUCAAGCCAGUGAGGUUCAGGAGCUGAAGUCUGAUCAGUUUGAAUCUUCGAACUCUUUGCAAAAAGAUGUAGCCAGUGGAGAGACGGAGAUGCCAAAGCAGGAAGGGGAGCAAGAAAAGGAAAGAUGGAUUGACCAACAACAUCACAAAGAAAAAGAGCAUGCAGAAAGAACCAUGGAAUCCACAACGUACAUUUCUCCUCAGCUUCUGCUGAAAAUGACACAGAAUGAGAAGAAAGAUCCAGAGGAGAUCCGGAGGGAGUUGGAGCUAAAGCUGGAGGCCUGGCACAACCUACCUCCAGGAACUCCAGAUGAGGAGAAUGCGGCAAUUUCAAUGUGGCAUCAGUAUCAGACUCUGACUUCAUCUCUCUCCCAGCAGCUGUGUGAGCAGCUCCGUCUUAUCCUGGAGCCCACACAGGCAACAAAGCUCAAAGGUGAUUACAAGACAGGGAAGCGUUUAAAUAUGAGAAAGGUGAUACCCUACAUUGCCAGCCAGUUUCGUAAAGACAAGAUCUGGCUGAGGAGGACCAAGCCUAGCAAGAGAGACUACAACAUCUGUCUGGCUGUGGACGACUCCUCUAGCAUGGUGGACAACCACUCCAAACAGCUGGCAUUUGAAUCUCUGUCGGUGAUCGUUAACGCUCUCACUUUGCUGGAGGUUGGACAGGUGUCAGUGUGCAGUUUUGGUGAGCAGGUACAGCUGCUUCAUCCCUUCCAGCACCCGUUCAAUGAUGCAUCAGGGGCUCGGAUACUCAGACUUUGUCAGUUCCAGCAGAAGAAGACCAAAAUAGCACAGUUUUUGGAGACAUCAACCAAAAUGUUUUUAGAAGCAAGACAGCAGGUUCCAGGAACUAUAAAUUCAGAUACCGCCCAGCUGUUGGUCAUUGUUUCUGAUGGUAGGGGGCUUUUCUUGGAGGGGAAGGACCGGCUGGUGACAGCUGUGCAGGCAGCAUGCAGCGCAAACAUUUUUGUCAUUUUCAUGGUGCUUGACAACCCUAGCUCACGGGACUCCAUCCUGGAUAUCAAAGUACCCAUAUUCAAAGGUCAAGGGGAGCUGCCAGAAAUCCGCUCCUACAUGGAAGAGUUCCCCUUUCCUUUCUAUGUCAUCCUGCGGGAUGUCAACGCCUUGCCAGAGACCUUAAGUGAUGCACUGAGGCAAUGGUUUGAACUUGUUACUAUCGCAGAUCAAUAGACAUUUUCUCAUUGAAAGGAAAAAUGAUUAACAUCCAGUCACACAAUGCAACUCCUGCUUGGUUCUUGACCAGAACUGAUAAUAAAUAGAUCUGAAGCUGUACUUGUGCCUUUAUUCUUAAUUUUGAUUAUUUCUAGAAUCCCUUGCUGUUUUGCCUUAAUUAAAUGGAAAAUUAAUUCUAUAAUGUGUAUGUUUUAGUGAUAAAAAGUUGUUUUUGUUUUUUUUACUUGGAUGGAUACCUAUGUAAAAUCUGUUAUACAAUAUCCAUAAAGUCUUUCUGUGGAUGGUAAUUAUGUUAAAUAAUUUAUCUAGUAGCCUGUUGUUAUAUACAGUAGAAAAGCUCAGAUGUGCCUUGGUGAGGAAAAUUGAAGUACAUCUCACUUUAUGACGUAUUCAGCAGCUGAAGUGAUUCAUAAUAUACUUUAUGUACUCACAGCUAAUUUAAAUUUUUUUGGACAUUUGAAUCUUGUGGACAUGUUUGACGUGUGCUCGGGCACAACAAACCACAUUUGUUGUGGUUUGAAAACAACCUGAUAGUUUGAUCUUAAAUUUAUAGUGACUGUGUAUCUCAGGAGUUGGUGAAAUGUUUACCACAUGCAUUUUGUUCUUCAUUGCAUUCUUCUGUUAACAUUUUACAACUGUGAACUUUGUAACUUGAAAUUGCACAAAAUCCCCAAUAUGGCUUUGUUGUGUAAUUUGUUUUUAACUCUUCUUUUGAUUAGACAUUGUAUAGGAUUUGUUUUACUUUUGUGGGGAAAAGGGUUUUCCCAUAAUUAAACCAGAAUUUGUAGUUGUAAUACUAUCCUAUAUCAUUGUACACUGAACAAAAUUCUAAACAUAA